GUCAGUACCAUGGGGAAUCUCCGCUGGCCUCGAUGCGCCCGGCCUGGGCCACGUCGUCGCUUGCAGGGCUCAGCACAACGGCCUGGAGGAGGUCAUCAAGUUCCGUCAAGCGAACGGCUACUGCGAGUUCUUGCGACUUGCGCAGGAUGUUCCCGGCAUCGUGAUGUGUUCUAUAGACCUCAGCUAUUUCGGAGCAAGCUGGUAUGCACUGAUGAAGCUGAGCCUGUCAGUAUGUCUAGUCACUCUCUACUGCUGUUUGCUGUUGGUGGUCACGUGCGCUGUGCCCCGUCGUGAUUCCUCGAAAACUGGGAUCGUGGUUGGUGCACCAGUUUCACCCUGA